AUGGGGUUUAAUCUUUCAAACGCAACCUCAGCCCCUGCAUCAACCACAUCCUCACCAUUGUUUUCGAUUGCAACCACCACCACCACUUCUUCUUCGACUCCUGCUGCGACUAGUGCACCAGCUUCUUCAGCUGCAGCUUCUACAACGACUUUCCCUUUUGGUGUGGGUUUAUCUGCAAACAACACCACUCCGGCUAGUACAGGAUUUGGUUUUAGUAGCUCGACUUCUGCCUCUGGAACUACUAGCUCUUUUACUGGUUUUCCUCAAACAUCAACACCUGCAUUAUCUUCACAACCACAAACUAGUACUACUAGUGCUCCACUCUCAUUCAACCAUUUAUGUCUCUGCUCUUCUCAUAUAUACAUGCUACUGCUUUCACCACGGACAAGCACAACUGUUGCAGCUCCAGUGGCUGCUUCUCCUAAGCUGCCAUCUGAAAUAACUGGCAAAACUGUUGAGGAGAUUAUCAAGGAGUGGAAUACAGAGCUACAAGAGCGUUCAGGGAGAUUCCGGAAGCAGGCAAAUGCGAUAGCAGACUGGGAUAAGCGGAUCUUGCAGAACCGUGAUGUUCUUUUGAGGCUUGAGAUUGAAGUUGCAAAAGUGGUUGAAACCCAAUCUAGUUUGGAACGGCAGCUGGAAUUAAUCGAGACUCAUCAGCAAGAGGUUGACAAGGCUUUGCAAAGCAUGGAGGAAGAGGCUGAGCGUAUAUAUAACGACGAGCGGAAAUCACUUCUUGACGAUGAAGCAGCGUCAACUAGAGAUGCAAUGUAUGAACAGUCUGAGCUUGUAGAACGAGAAUUGGAGCAUAUGACUGAACAAAUCAAAUCGAUUAUACAAUCCGUAAAUGCAAACCAGGGCGGAGAACUUGAAGCAAUCGAUGGAAUGAGUCCACUAGAUGUAGUCGUCAGGAUCUUGAACAAUCAACUCAGUUCCUUAAUGUGGAUUGAUGAGAAAGCAGAGGAAUUCUCGUCUCGGAUUCAGAAAAUCGCAACUCAAGGUUCUGGAGCAGACCGUGAAUUGAUGGCUCCAAAGCACUGGAUGUCUUGA